AAAAGCGCAGCCACUUGCGGUUCCCGGACAGCCCAGUUAAGAGUUAGAAUUACACCCCUAAGUUCUUCCUCGACCCGCGAAUGGACACGCAGGAAGAAAAAGAAAAAAAAGUCUCGAAAGGAACCUGGAAGUCCUUGAUGCGGCCGAUAGAGGCAUCACUCUUCCGAACAAUCUUUACGGCCGACAUUAUGACGCAGAGGAGGGAGGCGGAGAAAGAACAGCGGGUCAAGGGUAAGAAGGGGCGUGGUGGCGGUAACCACGGUAGCCUCGGCUUUUUCUUAAUUGGGAAGGAAGUAAAGCACGAUGUGGACACGCUAUGGCAGCCGCCGGGGAAGCAGGAUAGAAAGUUGCUACUUUAUCUCAGGGAAAUAAUCUGGAUUCUUUUUCACCAAUGUAACGUAUGAAAACAAUGGGCAGAUGAUAUCAGUUAAAACUGCUUUUGGCAGCUGACUAUCAGACAGCAAGCAACUACGUAAGCAACUGCAAUCCAACUGCAAGGAUUUUUACAGUUCCAUGCACUGGGAAUUAUGUGCAGUAUCUAAGUACUCGGAGUAACUGCAGUUUCUAUGUAAAUCAUUUUAGGAUUUAUAAUAAUGUCUGUUCAUGCCACAGAGAGUGACAUUCCUAGAUUUUUUGUGGGCGGUGAAGAUGGGGAAGAACUUUUGGAUUGUUCCAGAUCUUCCAAUUUUGCCUCCUUCUAUGAUCAGGAUGAUGAUGAUGAAGAGUAUGAUUCUCCACCAGAAAGACAGAUCAUGGUAGGAAUAUGUUCUAUGGCAAAAAAAUCAAAAUCAAAACCAAUGAAUGAAAUCCUUGAACGGCUUUCCAUGUUUAAAUACAUCACAGUAGUGAUAUUUGAAGAAGAUGUCGUUUUGAAUGAACCUGUAGAAAACUGGCCUUUAUGUGAUUGUCUCAUUUCUUUUCAUUCUAAAGGAUUUCCAUUGGACAAAGCAGUUGCCUAUUCUAAACUCAGGAAUCCAUUUGUUAUUAAUGAUUUGAAUAUGCAGUAUCAUAUACAAGACAGGAGAGAAGUUUAUGGCAUCCUUAAAGAUGAAGGCAUUUUACUUCCUCGUUAUGCAGUCCUAAACCGGGAUCCAAAUAAUCCCCAAGAAUGCAAUUUGAUUGAAGGAGAAGAUCAUGUGGAAGUGAAUGGGGAAGUUUUCCAAAAGCCAUUUGUGGAAAAACCAGUUAGUGCAGAGGACCACAAUGUGUAUAUUUAUUAUCCAACAUCUGCCGGUGGGGGAAGUCAGAGGCUCUUUCGGAAAAUUGGUAGCAGAAGCAGUGUUUACUCUCCUGAAAGCAAUGUGAGAAAAACUGGUUCAUACAUCUAUGAGGAAUUCAUGCCUACAGAUGGUACUGAUGUAAAGGUAUACACUGUAGGUCCAGAUUAUGCACAUGCAGAAGCACGUAAAUCCCCUGCUCUAGAUGGCAAGGUGGAGCGUGAUAGCGAAGGCAAAGAAGUGAGGUAUCCAGUGAUACUUAAUGCACGGGAAAAGUUAAUAGCUUGGAAAGUAUGCCUGGCUUUUAAGCAAACAGUUUGUGGAUUUGACUUGUUGCGUGCAAAUGGGCAGUCCUAUGUCUGUGAUGUCAAUGGCUUCAGUUUUGUGAAAAAUUCUAUGAAGUAUUAUGAUGAUUGUGCUAAAAUCCUUGGAAAUAUAGUUAUGAGAGAACUUGCUCCACAAUUUCAGAUCCCUUGGUCUAUACCUUUGGAAGCAGAAGAUAUUCCUAUUGUGCCAACCACCUCAGGAACAAUGAUGGAGCUUAGAUGUGUCAUUGCUGUAAUACGGCAUGGAGAUCGGACACCAAAGCAAAAAAUGAAAAUGGAAGUUAAACACCAAAAGUUUUUUGAUCUUUUUGAAAAAUGCAAUGGGUAUAAGUCUGGGAAAUUAAAGCUGAAAAAGCCUAAGCAGCUACAGGAAGUACUUGAUAUUGCAAGACAGCUCUUAAUAGAGCUAGGACAGAAUAAUGACUCUGAAAUUGAAGAAAACAAAUCUAAACUUGAACAGUUAAAGACUGUGUUGGAGAUGUAUGGACAUUUUUCUGGCAUAAAUCGCAAAGUACAACUGACUUAUCUUCCUCAUGGUUGUCCUAAAACAUCUAGUGAAGAAGAAGAUAACCGCAAACAAGAGCCAUCUCUACUCUUAGUUCUCAAAUGGGGAGGAGAAUUGACACCUGCAGGUAGAGUUCAGGCAGAGGAACUAGGAAGAGCUUUCCGAUGUAUGUACCCAGGUGGACAAGGUGACUAUGCAGGAUUUCCAGGAUGUGGCCUACUUAGAUUGCAUAGUACCUAUCGGCAUGAUCUCAAAAUCUAUGCAUCUGAUGAAGGAAGAGUUCAAAUGACAGCCGCAGCUUUUGCAAAGGGUCUAUUGGCAUUGGAAGGGGAACUUACACCUAUACUUGUGCAAAUGGUUAAAAGUGCUAAUAUGAAUGGUCUAUUGGACAGUGACAGUGACUCUCUUAGCAGCUGCCAACAUCGUGUGAAGGCACGCCUUAAUGAAAUUCUCCAAAGAGAUAGAGACUUUACUUCUGAGGACUAUGAAAAGUUGACACCAUCUGGCAGCAUUUCUCUGAUAAAAUCAAUGCAAGUGAUAAAAAAUCCUAUUAAGACAUGUGAUAAGGUAUAUUUCUUAAUCCAGAGUUUGACAUCUCAAAUCAAACAACGAAUGGAAGAUCCUAAGUUUGCAGAUAUUCAACUUUAUCACAGCGAAACAUUGGAACUAAUGCUGCGUAGAUGGGCCAAGCUUGAAAAAGACUUUAAAACAAAGAAUGGAAAAUAUGAUAUAAGUAAAAUCCCAGAUAUCUAUGACUGCAUAAAAUAUGAUGUUCAGCAUAAUGUCUCUUUAAAGCUAGAAAAUACAAUGGAAUUGUACAGACUGUCAAAGGCAUUGGCUGAUAUUGUGAUCCCUCAGGAAUAUGGUAUUACCGAGGCUGAAAAAUUAGAGAUUGCUAAAGGUUACUGCAAUCCACUAUUGAGAAAAAUUCGGUCUGAUCUUCAGAGGACUCAGGAUGAUGAUACUGUUAACAAACUCCAUCCUUUGUAUUCUAGUGGGGUUAUGUCUCCUGAACGUCAUGUUCGAACUAGGCUGUACUUUACCAGUGAGAGUCAUGUCCAUUCCUUGCUUUCAACUCUUCGCUAUGGUUCUUUAUGUGAUGCAUCAAAAGAUGAACAGUGGAAGAGAGCUAUGGAUUAUCUCAAUGUUGUCAGUGAACUCAAUUACAUGACCCAAAUAGUUAUCAUGCUGUAUGAAGAUCCAAAUAAGGAGGUUUCAUCAGAAGAACGCUUCCAUGUAGAGUUACAUUUUAGUCCAGGAGCAAAAGGCUGUGAAGAAGAUAAAAACUUGCCAUCAGGUUUUGGUUACAGACCUGCUUCACGGGAGAAUGAUGAUUCAAAGCAAACAUCCCGUAGAAAUGAGAAUGAUGAGGACCCCCAUGCUUAUAAAAGAGAUGAAACUGAUCGUUCAAUAAUGCUGUUCAAGCCAAUGGUGUCAGAUCCAAUUCAUAUACAUAGGAAAUCACCUCUUUCAAGACCCAGGAAAAUGGGUUCAGCAGAAGCACCAUCAGAAAAUAAUAGUCUUUUUCGACCUCCAAGAACAAUUGUGGAACAAAAGACCAGUGCUAUAGGGUCUCACUGUGCGAGCCUGUUUAGCACCUCGGUGCUCGGGGGGUCUUCAAGUGCACCCAAUCUACAGGAUUAUGCUCGUACUCAUCGUAAAAAGCUGACUACUUCUGGCUGCAUAGAUGCUGGUUUGAAUUUCAGGUACCUGUUUUUCUCUUUCUCAGACACCACACGUGGUUCUGCUGUUAAAAGGUUUUCUAUCACAUUUGCUCGACACCCAACCAAUGAGCAUCCAGACCUCUAUAGGUGCUGGUCGGUUUCCUCUGAGGAAUUUCUAGGCUCCAGUGGUAUGUCUUUAUAGCUUUCAAAUGUAAGAUGGCAGGCUGGCUUUCUGUUGCUGCGCUAACUCUUUCAUUGUCUUCCAUGUUGAGAUAUAAAUAUGUAUUGCAAUAAAAAUUACCCUAGAACUAUUGUUUAAUUAAAGCUGGGCUUGUUUUAAAGAUAUUAACUUAAGAAGGAAGUUUUCUUUUUUCCUUUUCACCGAAUCAGCCUCUUAGGAAAUAUCUAAAAACAUUUGAUAAUUAGAUAAUAGAACUGCUAAAGGUUGAGUGUAUGUGUGACUACUUAGUCCCCACUGUAUAGCCAAGGAGAGACACUAAUUUUAAUACAAUUUUCCUAUACAUUUUUCCAAGGUACUGAUAUUUAAGCAUUUGGAUAGGCAUGAACUCUUUAAGUCAAAAAAUAGUUUGUUAUUAUAUUCCUUCUUGUAAUCCUGGAGUUGUGCUUAUAGAUUUUUCUCUGGUAAAGAAAAGCUGCAGUUCUUGUGGAAUUUACUGUAAUGCAAAGAAAGGGUUUGCGCUUGCCUGCAUGUAUACUGUUGUAGUUUAUUUUACCAAGCGUUAAACACAAUUAAUUUGAAUUAUACCUAGAAACUUAAUUGCUACGAUUAAAACAACUGCCCAAAUAUCCGUAAUAAAUAUUACUUUACAUAUGAAAUAUUAUAGGUUUAAAAAAAUUAAGGAGACAAAAGUGGUAUUGAAAUCAUUGAGAGAUUGUGAGUUAAAAUUAAUAUUACAUUUUAAAUGUGUCCUUGAAGAACUACUUCAGUUACAAUCCUGUUUUUGAAAUAAAAUGCCUUGAAAAUAAUUUGGCAAUCUAAAUUGAAUGAAAUAGUUUUGUUCUUUAAACAAUCUAAUAUAUGGACAUCAUUUUGUGGGGCACUGUCACAAUCAGUUCAUGAAACUCCUUCAAAUCUCUCAUAUAUGUCUGUAUGUAUACAUACCCACACAAUCAAAUAUAUAUUUGUUUGGUUAAGUUUUCUUACUCUAGUACUUGAAUACUAGAAUACCUGUAGUUUUGUCUAAUUUUUUGUAUAAUUAAUGAGGCAGGUAUUAUUUUAAUAUGUUAUUAAAUAUCUUGCAUGUUGAUGUUUUAUGAAAGGAGUUUCUUAAAUUUUAACUCAGAAUUGUAUACUUUAAAAUCUUCCAAAUUAUUUUCCUAUUUAGGUGGGAAACACAGUUUCAUUGGUUAUAGAAAUAAUCUUAGCAUAUAUUGCAACAUUAACUUAACUAAUUCUUAAAUAGGGCUUCUGCUAAAAUGCAUAUAUAUGUGAUUGUAAUUACAGCUGUGUAAGUGAUGGUUAAACUACUGUCUAAUUUAAAUAUGCAUGUUCUGUUAAGUUUAUAUAGAAUUAUGAGCUUCAUGUGAAAUACCCACUGGUUAUUUGGUCUAAGUAUUAUUUUAGUUUGUGAAGUGGUGAUUGUAUUUAUAUUCAAUGUAUUUAUAUAUAUAUUUGAGUGAGAGCCAGAGUGAUUUUUGGCUAUUCUUUAUUCUCAUGUUUGACAUGUACUAUCUCUGAAAAUUUACAUUGUAAAAUCAGGCAAAAUUUUGGAGCUAUUUUUGAUGAGAACAAAGAUUUGUCAAAAUCAGAAGUUUGCUGUGUUGAAAAGUAUUUCAUUACACAUGGCCUAGGGUUCUUGUUUUUCUCUAUUGUAGCUUUAAAGUUCUGUGGAUCACGUUACUAUCCAAAAAAUAAUUCAGUGCUUCUGGGCUUUUAUGGUGAAAAUCUGUGAGUUUUUCUUUU